AUGUCUUUCUCUUGGAAGGAGGGGUUACGAGUUGAUGGGGGAUCGACAUGUCCAACGUCCAUCACUAAGAUAGUCCGCGUAGCCGGCAAGAGAUUUAACUCUUCCGGAGCCAGUCUCUUCAUAUCAUCGCCUGUAGUCGCAGGAUUGACCGGAGUGGAGUUGGAGACUUUCUCACAUAACAAGAGUUUCUUCAAGAAUCUAUUACGCUGUACUCGAGGCAAAUCAGAGAAUGUCGUGGGCUCGUUUCUCGACGAAGUUGCACUGGGGCGACUAGACGAUUUCUGUUCCGUCUUCUGA